GGUUAUGCCAAAGGUGUUUCGAACGCGGAAGCAAAAUAAGAUAAAUCGGUGCAUAUUUAGGCGAAAAGUAGACAAUUUGUCGUGUGUGUAGGCAAAAAGCAGACAAUUCGUCGUGUAUUUAAACGAGAAAUAGACAAUUCGGCGUAUAUUUAGGCGGAAAGUAGACAAUUCAGCGACGUUUGGAACACAGAGGGAUAUAAAGGGGAAUAUCCACGUUGUUCACCAUCAUUCCCGCUUUAUUGGUUGGUUGGGUCAUAAUUGCAUACCCGUCACCUACGACAAAAUUUUCUGUUGAGGAACCGUAUAUUCUUAAGUUCCAGCUCAAGCUGUUCGUUGUUUUUAGGAAUACUGAGUUCUUCAACAUCCUUGGUUAUCAAGAUUUAGUGUAUAAUGUAUCUUGCACCCAAUUUCGAAACUCAGAAGUAAGAAAUUUUAGAAAAGUGGGAGUUAAUUUGGGUCAAAUUCCUUAUUAUUUAAAUAAAAGUGUUAAAAGUGGCAAGCGGCAGACGAAAACCGUCUGAUAGCUUUAAAAACAGCUCUUCAUAAUCAACUUGAAUUUUGCACACUGAGCUUUGGACCAUAAUUUAUUUGAGGGCUAAUAUUUCCACUCGAUAUACUUAAACAAAAUAGUUGAAGCGUGGUUCCGACUUCUGAUGGAAUGCUGAAAUAUCAAUUUGAUCAGUCACUAAACCAUGCCCAUCGACCUGGGACUACACUUUAAAGGAGGACAUUAGCUUUUCAUAUGUUCCAAAUAUCCAUCAUUAGUUAUCGCAUAUAAGGUGAAUGUAACAUCUUGCUUGCAAGACCACGUGUAUGGUAUUCAUUAUUAUGAUAUUGCUAAUAAUUCUUUUUUAAUACUCAAAACUGUUUAGGUCUUAAGUAGAUAUGAUUUUAGUAUUGUUUCAUCUACACUUGUUCUGGCUUUUAGAAUAGCUUUAUACUAACAUGCCUCUUCCACCAGCUCUUCUUGCUCGACUUAGAAAGCGUGGUAUUGUUUCCGCCGGUCCACAGGAAGAAGCUGUGGAGGAAGUUUUUGCUGAGAAUUAUGAUGAAGAAAGUGAACCAGUGUUACCAGUAUCGUUCGAUCAGCCUUUUAACGUUAAGAAAUGUUACACGGUCAGUCCUGUUCCUAUUAUCGAGAAUGGGGUUUUAAUCCAUGAGUGUGCUGAGUGCCCUAGUCAAACUAAUCCGUAUCAUGUUUGUUCACCAUAUUGCUAUGAACGAUACGGGCGAAGGAAGUUCAACCCGGAUCUAACAAACAUUCGUUUGAAAAGCAGAAUGCUACGUCGUUACCCACUCCCAAGUCAUUGGAUUGAAGUUGGUGAUCCAGUGACUGGAAGAUUUUAUUACUGGAAUACUAAAACAGAUGAUGUAUGCUGGUUGUCUCCGUUACAUCCACGUGCUAAAAUCAGUCAACCUGGUAGUAUUGUUCGGGCCAAUACGUUACGUGAACGUGACGCAGCUCGAGCUGCAGCUGAAGCUGCUACUGCUGCAGUUUUAGCUGCAGAGCGAAAAGAUUCACGUCGUAGAUCUAGUGAUUCCGGCAGUAAUCGAUCAGGCAGCGAAAGUGAAGAUAAUGACUCUGAUGAAAUAAAAGAAUCUAAACGAUCUAGACGUGAAACAUCUAGAUCUCCUGAACAUGAUACUAAUAGAGCUUUAUUUAGACGAAAUAAUUCAUCUCGCUGGCAGGAUGUUGAAUCAGAAAAUAAUCACCAGAGAAGUGUAUCCAAUGAUUAUAAUGAUUUCAACCAAUCGACUAACGAACAUGAGGCUGUAACACAAAAACUAUCUGAUACAGCUAAUUUUAACGAGUACAAUCAAUUAGAGGAUGAAGUUGAUGAAGAUGAAGAAUCACCCGAUGGAGUUCCUUUAACUGAAAAUUAUUAUAACAACAGCCAUAAUCAAAAUAUUGGAAUGGAAUCUAACUUACAAAACUCUAGAGAUGAGCAUCCACCACCCCCCACAUUUGCUCCUCCUCCUCCUCCCCCUCCCCCACCACCACCAGCUCAUCUCAUCUAUCCUCCAACCCAAUGGAACCGACCAUCUGAAUCCUCUUCAUUAUUUCCAUCACAAGUCAAAAAUCACUCUGAUGAUCACGCUAGUGGUACUACUACACGCGGUUGGAAUCAACCAGCAGAGGCAUCUGAUAAUAAUCGUUUUAGAUAUAGAGAUAGGGAUAGAAAACGUCGCGCAGCAACUCUCGGACCCUUAGACCCAAUGGAUCCAGCGUCUUAUGGUGAUAUACCACGUGGAACAUGGAGUUCAGGUUUAGAAGGGGUUACUGGAGCACCAUCGGCUAAGACAGGUGUAGACAGCACUGCAUCGGGACCAUUAUUUCAACAACGUCCAUACCCUAAUCCUGGUGAUGUUUUACGUGCAAAUGCUGCAGCUAAAGUCCAUGAAGAGGAAAGGCAAGAUGAAUCUAAUAACUGA